UCAUGUAGUUAUGAAUGCGGUGGCUGUGGAAUUACUUUCGCUUUCGAGCGCAUUUUCUGUGCGAGUGAAAGUGUGUAUGGGUCAGUCAGUGAAAGUGUGCUGAUGAAGAAACAUCUCUGACAGGUAUAAUGUAGACAUCAGCUCAAUCUGAAACUGAAGCUUCACGGUUAAGUUUAUGAACACAUUGACCUAUUAAAAUGCGAACGGACUGAAUGAAAAGGACCGGGAUGCCUUUUGCCCCUGGAAUUCGAUCUGUUCGUUUCACAGGAUUUUCAGUUGCGUUAAUGCUGUUAUCGACAUGCUCGUGCAGCGACCGCCCUGUCAUUAAAGUUAAUGCUAUGGUUGGAGAAGCAGCAGCUCUUCCCUGCAUGUGUCCUCCUGACUGGCCUCCGUAUCUGGUCUGGCAGAAAUCCAUCGGUGAUCAGGCACUCGUGGUUAAUUACUACAAAGAUGACGACCAAGAAGACAACCAAAUGGCACUCGAGUACAGGAACAGAACAGAGCUGAGGCUGAUAGGAAACUGUUCUCUUGUGAUUCAUAGUGUGUGGUCAUCAGACCAGGGACUGUACAUCUGUUACUAUAAGAAAAAACCUUUAAGGCAUGAAAAAAUCUAUCUGGAGGUCACAGCACAACAAGUACAAGGAAAAGAGUCAGAUGAACCUCAGAGCGUCCAGAGCACCAUUGUGAUUUCUUCAGUCUGCGGGUCUCUUGUCAUUUUGAUCACAAUUGCUGCAGCAUAUGUGGGAAUUACUUGCAGAAAUAGACAUCAGAUCAGAAGAACAUUCAUUGCAACAUCAAUGAGGAGCAUUUAACAGCUGUCAAUAAUAUAGUGACCUUUAUCACUGUUUUUUAGUGGCUUUUCAUGGAUGGUAGAACAUGCAACAAACAAAACAACAAAAUGCACACGCCUGAACACGCCAUGCAGUUCUUAUGUGGGUGACCCAUUUCACUUUUUGAUCCAGCACAAACAUUUUCUGACACUUCUCCACUAUCUGACUUAUUAAAAGGUUACAUCACCACUGGCAAGAGGGGUUUUUAAUAAAAGUUUGUUAUGCAGUAAAC